UUUAUUUUAUUUUAUUUUUUUUUGUCUUUUUCUUUUCUUUUUCUUUUUCUUUAACUUGAUAAUGCCUACUACAGUUUUCUCAAAAAGUCCUGAAGCACUUUUAUCUUUUACAACAAAUACAGCAACUACAUUGUUACCUUGUUCUUCUUUACGUACUAAAAAGUGUCAACAACUACCCCCUUUAAAUGAAUUUAUCGCUAAUGUCUUUCAACGUUCAAGACUAUCACCUUGUGUUUGUCUAGUCUCAUUAAUUUAUCUUCAAAGAUUAAAGACGGGUUUACCUAGUCACGCUCGUGGAGAUAUGGAUACACCUUAUCGUCUCUUUUUAGCUGCAAUCAUGACUGCAUCCAAAUUUCUAUCUGAAACGGGAACUUGCUUAACAAGUCAAUCCAUAGUAAUGAUGACUGAUUAUAUAUACACACCUAAGGACAUCAAUUUAAUGGAAAGAUCUUUUCUUGGUCUUAUCAAAUAUAAUUUAUUCGUAAAUGUUGAAUCAAUUAAAGAAUAUUUAAAUAUACAUGGAAAGACAUUAGAAAUGGAUUUAAUAGAAGAUGUUCUAGACCAACAAUAUCAUUUAUAGUACAAAUUUAUUCUAUUUCACACGCAUUAUUAUGACUAUUGAAAUGUACAUAUCAUCUACAUAUACCCUUUUCUAUCUAUCUAUCUAUAUUACAUACAAAUCUAUAAUACUACAUAGUAAAUAUUUAUUUAAAUACAUGGAUAUCCUUUUUUCUUUUCUUUUAGAU